CACCGUUGGGGACGACGGCGGUUUCACCAGUUUCAAUCAAACACAACAACUCUUAUGUCCGCUUCGUUUCCUCUUCAGGAGUCUCUCUCCAUCGUAAGAGGCGCCACUCUUCGUCUCUCUUUCUCCUCUCGCCUAGUGUUUCUAUUUCUCAUCCUCCUUCCAAAAUCAGAUCAGGAGGAGUGUGCAAUGCAAGUCAAAUAGCUGAUCUUUUUCCAGCGGUUACACCUGAAAUCGUUGUUCGUGAAGCAAGAUUGGAAGACUGUUGGGAAGUAGCAGAGACUCACUGCAGUUCCUUCUUCCCUGGAUAUUCGUUUCCUCUUGAUGUUGUUCUUAGAGUAGAUAGGUUAAUGGCUAUGGUAAUGGGAUUUUCUGUUCCACCAGGGUGCCGGAGGACUUGUUUAGUCGCUGUGAUAGGUAGUUCUGCUGAUGAAGCCAUCUGCUUUGGAAGUGAAGAUUUCAAAAUUGGAGCUUUUGAUGCAAAGAUCAGCUUAAACAAAGGUUAUGUUGCUGGAAUCUUGACUGUGGAUACUGUGGCUGAUUACCUUCCAAGGAAAGGACCUCUCCGCCAGAGAAGGACGGGGAUCGCUUACAUAUCAAAUGUGGCUGUUCGAGAGAAUUUUCGACGCAAAGGAAUAGCCAAGAGACUCGUAUGGAAAGCAGAGGCUUUAGCCAAGAACUGGGGAUGUAGAGCUAUCGGCCUUCACUGUGAACUCAACAACUUAGGAGCCACAAAGCUUUACAAAGAUCAAGGUUUUAGAUGCAUCAAGAUCCCUGAAGGAUCGACUUGGCCACAACCAAAGACAUCUCCGGACACCAGGUUUAACUUCAUGAUGAAGCUCGUGAACAACAACAACAAUACACAAGCUCUUGAACAGUUUCGGUAAAUCCGACAGAGAAAGGAAAUUUGAAUACCGUCUGUUGAUAAUGUAAAUAUGUUAUUUGAGCCUGUGGCCUGCAUUUGUUUGUUUCGCAGUCUUGUAUAAAUCCUACUGUCUAUAAUAUUUCAACCAACUACGUUUUGUAACUAAGGUUUUGUAGCGUCAGCAACUUUUUGCUGAGCCGGUGAACCAUGUUUCUAAACAUUAAGGUCUUAGCUAUACUUGAUCUA